AUGGUGGAAGGGGAACCGUCAUAUAUUGACUAUGAGGCCUUUCUUGACCCCGAGUUCUCCCCGGCGAGCUUUGCAAAUACACUCGUCCUGAGCACCAAUAAUGCGACCGACACACCUCUCGAUUUGUCCACUCCCCUCUCAAGGGUUCUCUUCGACCUGCAAGAAAUUGACACUCACAUCCAUUCUUUGACAACCAAAUCCGCAUUACCUCUCCUAUCACAUACACGGGAUCAAAAUGAAGCUGCAGACCGAAUUUUAAAGGAAGCGGGAUCCCAAAUCGCUUCUGUCACCCAGGGAUAUGAGCGGUUGGAGAAGGAGGUCGUACAGAAGUGGAAAGUAGCUGACGAUGCUCGGAUUGCUGCUGAGAAUUCACUGGCGACCGUCCGGCUGGCACGGGCCGUCGCGCGGUGUUUGACACUGGGCCGACAAUUGGAGAAUCAGAUUGGAGAAGUCACCGGCAAAGGAACGGGGCAGCCAUCUCCAGCAGGUGCUGAUGGGGGCACUCCCGCGAGAGAGGGAUUUCGAGCGUUGGAAAGAGCAGCUUACACAAUUCUGAGCUUGCGCCAAAUGUUCUCGGCAACCACGGAAGAUGAUGAAGGCUAUGGGUUGGAGCGAGUUAAGGUGAUGCGCACAUUGCGCAAUGAGCUUCUGCUCCCCUCAGAGAACGUGGUCAAGGCAAAGGCCCAGCAGAUCAUAAAUCGCUUUUCCCUUACAAGCCCAAUGGCGCCCUCGAGUGGUGCUCCUGUACCGUCAAGUUAUAAGCAAGUCCGCGAUGCGCGAGCGCGACUGGCCCCUGCCGCCGCGACGUUGUACCUGCUCUCGCCGGCUCCGAAAGACGGCGCGACGGCUCUCGAAUAUAAACCCGAACUUCUUUUGUCGACUUUGCAAGGCUAUGUGCAAACAGCCAUCAUGACGUCUGUGAAUGGUCUUGCCAAGGGGCUAUCUCAGCUGCCCACGAUGGACCGGACGUUGAACGAGGUAGCGUCGCGGUGCCAAGAUGUCGCUGCACUCGAGUCUUUUCUUCGCAACCUUCGGGCACCCACACAUCCCCUCUUGCAAUCAUCCGGUGUUGGCGGUACUUCUACCGGCUCGAAUAUUGCUGGUGGUGGUCCUAAGCCCAAUUUGCUGCAGCCGCUCCUCAAUGCGCUCGAUACAUCCUCCUUGCCAUCCUAUUACUGGCGCUCGCUCGCCUCCUCUCUCAGCUCACGCGUCCAAGAGAUCAUGAAUCGUGGGGGUGUCUCCGCAAGAACACUUCGAUCCAACCGUGAUCGUCUCCGAACGGAAAUCAAGCAGUGCGUUCUACGUGCCUCACAGGUGUCUGCUGCGAGUCUCUCUGCUGACAAGGCCCCCUCGGAUGCGGAUAACGCGGGUGUUGGAAACUGGGAACGAGAAGCAGCCGUUAUGGUGAGCUCCAUUGUCGGCCCCUUAGGUCGGUGA